GUCUCUCGGCACCGCGCUGGCAUUGGGAUCGCCCACUGACCGGCGCCAUGGCCUGCCUUGCCAGAGUCUGCUCCCUCCUGCUUGUUGGCGUCGCCGUCGUCCUGCUCCUGCCGGGCGCGCACGGGUCGUACAGUAACUGCCCGCCGGGCCAUGGCGGCGGCGGCGGUGGUGGUGGUGAUCCUGGACACCACCACCCGCCCCACCACGGCAAGCCGCCCAAGCACCACCCCGGCCCGCCGUCGGGGCCCAAAUGCCCGCCGUGCCACCCGCCUCCCACGCCGCGCCCACCGCCGACUCCGCCGUACGGGCCUCCCACGCCACUGCCACCGCCUUACGUGCCGCCCACGCCGCCCUACACCCCGCCGUCGCCACCGUACAUUCCGCCAAGCCCGCCGUACGUGCCACCAACGCCACUGCCUCCGCCGUACGUGCCACCAUACGUCCCACCGACACCUCCAUACACUCCUCCCUACGUGCCGCCAACCCCGCCAUACGUCCCACCGUCGCCGCCCUACGUGCCACCGACACCGCCAUACACGCCGCCGUACGUGCCGCCGUACACGCCGCCGUACGUGCCGCCGCCGUCGCCGGGGAGGAAGACGUGCCCGAUCGACGCGCUGAAGCUGAACGCGUGCGUGGACGUGCUGAGCGGGCUGGUGCACCUGGUGAUCGGGCGGGAGGCGCGGAGCAAGUGCUGCCCGCUGGUGCAGGGGGUGGCGGACCUGGACGCGGCGCUGUGCCUCUGCACCACCAUCCGGGCGCGGGUCCUCAACAUCAACAUCUACCUCCCGGUGGCGCUCCGGCUGCUCAUCACCUGCGGCAAGCACCCGCCCAACGGCUUCCAGUGCCCCACCGUCCUCGACGCCUAGCCUAGCCUAGCCUGCAUGGCCGCUCUGGCUCGGCUCUCGCCAUAGCUUUACUACCAUACUAGCGUGUGGCGUGGGGUGCUACAGUGCUUGCUCGCUCCAGUGCUGUGCGUGCCUGCGAUUUGUGUGCGUCUCGAUCGACCUCGACCGAUUUUCUUGUUCCGUGUUAGUAGUGUGUAGGAGUGUGGCAACUCCAUGUGGUUUCCGGCCAAGUGAUGUUGAAUAAUUAAUUAAUUAACAUGUGCUAUUUAGUACCGUACUAGCAAAAA